AUGGAGGCCUUGCACGAUGAUGUCGGCCAUCUUGGACAGGAUAGAAGCUUGGACUUGAUGAGAUCACGCUUCUAUUGGCCUGGCAUGACUGAGAUGGUAGUUGAGUGGAUUAAAUCAUGUGAACGCUGUACAUGCAGAAAGAUGACAGCUGAAGGUAGAGCCCCAGUUCCAUUGGUGAGUAUCAAGUCGACAAGACUACUGGAAUUGGUCUGCAUGGACUAUUUAUCAAUUGAACCAUCAAAGAGAGGAUGUAGGGAUGUGCUUGUGAUAACAGACCAUUUCACAAAGUACGCCAUAGCUGUUUCUACUCGUAACCAGAUUGCUAAAGUAACUGCAGACGCAUUGAUGGAGCAGUUUGUGCGGCACAUUGGUUUCCCUGAGCGCCUGCAUUCGGAUCAGGGUCGAAACUUCGAGAGUGCUGUGAUCAGGCACCUGUGUGAUGCCAUGGGAGUUGUGAAAUGUCGGAGCACCCCAUACCAUGCCCUGGGCUGUGGGAUCACAGAGCGAUUUAAUCAGAUGUUACUUGGUAUGUUGGAAACGCUGUCCAACUCUGACAAGCAGAACUGGAAACAGCAUGUUAGUGCAGUGACUCAUGCGUAUAAUUGCACGAAGCAUGAUGUGACUGGUUACACCCCGUAUUUCCUCACGCAUGGGCACCAUCCUCGUUUGCCUGUGGACAUAUACUUGGGUUUGGUCACUGAGGAUGAACAGACAGAAGACAUGGAUGAGUAUGUGAGAAAUUGGCAGCGCAGUCUUGAUGAGGCUUACCAAAUUGUGUCACUUCGUAUGGACAAAAAGAGCCUCAUCAGCAAGUCGUACUAUGAUAGGAAGGCCAGGCAGUCUGAACUCUCGCCUGGAGACCGUGUAUUAAUGCGCAAUGUCAAGGUGCGUGGCAAGCACAAGCUCGCUGACCAAUGGGAGAAGGAUCCAUAUGUCAUUGUCAGGCAAGAUGAUCGUGGUAUACCUUUUUAUGUAGUUAAGCCUGAGAAAGGGUGGUAA